GCCAGAGGCAUGCGGCUACCCCGCUUCUCCAGCACUGUCGUGCUUUUGCUCCUGAUAGUGCAGACUGGCAUCCUGGUCUUUCUGGUCUCCCGGCAAAUGCCAGCGUCCCCAGCAGGCCGUGGUGAGCAUGUGCACGUGCUGGUGCUGUCCUCAUGGCGCUCGGGCUCAUCUUUCGUGGGCCAGAUCUUCAGCCAACAUCCUGAUGUCUUCUACCUGAUGGAGCCAGCUUGGCACGUGUGGGAUACGUUGUCGCAGGGCAGUGCCCCCAUGCUCCACAUGGCCGUGCGCGACCUGGUCCGUUCUGUGUUCCUAUGUGACAUGGACGUGUUCGAUGCCUACCUGCCCUGGCGCCGCAACAUCUCGGAUCUCUUCCAGUGGGCGGUGAGCCGCGCGUUGUGCUCACCUCCGGUCUGCGACGCCUUCGCUCCCGGCAACAUCAGCAGCGAGGAAGUGUGUAAAGCUCUGUGCGCAACCCGGCCCUUCAGCCUGGCUCAGGAAGCCUGCAGCUCCUACAGUCACGUAGUGCUCAAGGAGGUGCGCUUCUUUAACCUGCAGGUGCUCUACCCACUGCUCAGCGACCCUGCGCUCAAUCUGCGCAUCGUGCACCUAGUGCGCGACCCGCGGGCGGUGCUGCGCUCCCGAGAGCAGACUGCCAAAGCGCUGGCACGGGACAAUGGCAUCGUCCUAGGUACCAACGGCACGUGGGUGGAGGCAGAUCCCCGGCUGCGCGUGGUCAGCGAGGUGUGCCGCAGCCAUGUGCGCAUCGCAGAGGCAGCGUUGCACAAGCCGCCGCCCUUCUUGCAAGAUCGCUACCGCCUGGUGCGCUACGAAGACCUGGCCAGGGACCCACUCACUGUAAUUCGUGAACUCUAUGCCUUCACCGGCCUGGGUCUCACGCCGCAGCUCCAAACUUGGAUCCACAACAUCACCCAUGGCUCAGGGCCAGGCGCGCGCCGUGAAGCCUUCAAGACCACAUCCAGGGAUGCACUCAGUGUAUCCCAGGCCUGGCGCCACUCGCUGCCUUUUGCCAAGAUUCGCCGGGUCCAGGAACUGUGCGCGGGUGCUUUGCAGCUGCUGGGUUACCGGCCUGUGCACUCGGAGCUUGAGCAACGGGACCUCUCUCUGGACCUCCUGCUGCCAAGAGGCAUGGACAGUUUCAAGUGGGCGUCGUCCACGGAUAAGUAACAGGAAUCUUGGAAUUUUAGUGAAGAGA